UCGAAACCUACUCGACCACACUAAAAUGGUUAAUUUUAUUGUUAAAGAAGGUUUACUUGGCGUAAAGUGGAUCCCAAGAUUAGAGAGUUUAAGAUACCGGCGUGUAAAUGUACAAAGACCUAGACCUCCUCAUUAUAUUAGAGCUAAAUACGAAGCCUUAGUCAAACCAAUAUAUAAAUAUGAUACCAUUUUUAAACCUCCUCCUGUAAAAUGUAUGAAAAAUGAGGAACUAGCAGUUAGGAAAGUUGAAAUUGAUAAUCCUUUGGAAAGAAUAAUUGCUAAAGAACUUUACGAAAAGAUGGAAUCUUCGAAGUUUAUAGGAUUCUUACAUGUUAAUCCAAUUAGUGGAGAAGAUAAGUUCCAGGCACGUGUUUUAUUAUUUAGGGAAAAAACUAGCAUAGAAAUAUUCAGUAAAAAGACAGUAGAUAAAGCUGUCAGAGGUACCAUCUACGAAAAUAUUCUACCGUUAUUUGUAACUGAGACUGCCAUAAUCUUUUCAGAAGAAGUUCAUGUUGAUAAAAUAUUAAAAGUACUAAGAAAAAUACCUCAAUAUGUUCUCAUGGCUGGCAUCAUCGAUAAAAGGCUAUUAAGUGUAAGCCAGCUUAAGCAAUACGCUGAACUUAAAGAUAUAACAACAGCUCGUGCAGGGCUGGUUUCUUUAUUGAAUUCCUUCGGACAGCAAAUAGUGAACAACAUAACUGCACAUCCCCGCAAUCUUGCAACACAGUUACAGUUAUACGCAGAGUCUAAGUCAAAAGACUCAUGAUGUUUAAUCGUGUAAAUGUGUAUUUUUCCAGUGUAAUAUAUUUAUUAAAUAAUUUUGUAUUUGUAUUAGUUAUUUUAUAAUUUCUAAAAUGCCACUAUAUCCUGUAUAUAUUUCCUCAAUGAUGA